AGUUAGUUGCAUUGCAUCCAUUGACUUUCUUUAAUAUCUUCGGUGCAAAUUGAUUUUAUAAAUUUAUCACCAAAAGCAAUGAUCAUGGAUUUUGUGAGUCCUCUAAUCAGUGCAACUGUUAGGUUAAGCGAUUGGAUUGCCACAAGGAUUGGCUAUGUUUUGAACUUGGAUCAAAGGGUCCGGUCUCUCACAACUGCAGUGCAAGAACUGAAGGAUGUGAGGGAUGAUUUGAAAAGACAAAUUGAUGUAGCAGAGUUGCAGGGAUUGACAUGCACAAACCAAGUCAAAAGAUGGAUAGAAAGAGUCAACGCUCUACAAACUGAGGUAAGCUUAAUCACACAACUAGAUGUUGGUCAGCAAAUGCAAUCUUUCUGGUGUUGCAACAAUGCAAGUUGUUAUUCUAGAUACAAGUUGAGCAAGAAAUCUUUGAAGAUGGUUGAGGACAUAAAUGAACUCAUGCAAAAGGGAAUUUUGGAUGUCACUAUAGCCGAUGGAUCACUUCCCGCAGCUGUUGAGGAGAUGCCUAGCAGGCCAACUAUCGGCCUUGAAUCGAUGUUAGAGAAGGUGAGACAAUUUUUUAGAGAAGAGGAUGUUGGGGUCAUUGGAAUUUAUGGUAUUGGUGGGGUUGGGAAGACAACCCUUUUAAAACACAUAAAUAAUGAUUUUUUAACACUAACCACCCAUGAUUUUGAUAUAGUGAUUUGGGUUGUGGUGUCUAAAGAUGCUGUUGCAGAGAAGAUUCAACAAGCUAUAGGGGUAAGACUGGGCUUGUCUUGGGAUGAAACUGAGUCCCUGGAACAGAGAGCUUCAAAAACAUACAAGGUCAUGAAAAAGAAGAAGUUCUUGUUAUUGUUAGAUGAUGUAUGGGAAGGACUUGACCUUGAGAAGAUAGGAAUUCCUCUUCCCAACAAGGAAAACAAAUGCAAGGUGGUGUUCACAACGCGUUCAAUGGAUGUGUGCAGUGACAUGGAUGCUCACUGCAAGCUCAAGGUUGAAUUCUUAAAAGAGAACGAAUCGUGGGAAAUCUUUCGUGACAAGGUGGGUAGAAGUGAGAUCUUGAAAUCAUCAUCCAUACAAUCUUAUGCACAAACCAUCAUAAGAAAAUGUGGAGGUUUACCGCUUGCACUAAUCACUAUUGGAAGGGCUAUGUCCAAUAAAGAGACUGAGGAGGAGUGGAAGUAUGCAAUAGAAGUAUUAAACAAGUCUCCAUCGAAAUUACGAGGUAUGGAAGAUGUUUUUACAUUAUUGAAAUUCAGUUAUGAUAAUUUGGAUAAUGAUACAUUGAGAUCAUGCUUGUUGUAUUGUUCCUUAUUCCCCGAAGACUACUCAAUUGAGAAAGAGCAACUCAUAGAAUAUUGGAUUGGGGAAGGUUUUAUUAAUAGCUCCAAUGAUGGUAAUGUCUGUAAUAUGGGACAUGAUCUCAUAGGAUCCCUUAAAGUUGCUUGCUUAUUGGAAACUGGCGAAGAGGAAACCCAAGUAAAGAUGCAUGAUGUUGUCCGAAGCUUUGCCUUAUGGAUAGCAUCUGAUUGUGGGAAGAAUGAGAAGACAUUUAUAGUACAGGCAAGUGCAGGACUGACGGAAGUACCUGGUGUUGAAAACUGGGAAGAAGCAGUUAGAAUUUCAUUAUUAGAUAAUGGAAUUAUUGAACUGUCAGAAACACCCUUUUGUCCUCGUUUAUCAACCUUGCUGCUCCAAUGGAACAAUGGUUUGAACAAAAUUUCAAAUGGGUUUUUCCAAUUUAUGCCUGCUCUUGGAGUUUUGGAUUUGUCUUUCACUAGUCUUAGAGAGAUCCCAGUAAGUAUAAAUAAAUUAGUUGAGUUGAAUCAUCUUGACUUGUCAGGGACUAAAUUAAGUACAUUGCCUAAAGAGCUAGGAUGCCUGACAAAGUUAAGGCAUUUGGAUCUACAACGAACACACUACCUUAGAACUGUUCCGCGUGAGGCUAUAUCUGGACUCGCUCAGUUGAGAGUCCUGAAUUUCUAUUAUAGCACUUAUGGAGGUUGGGAACUGCAGGGAUUUGAGACUGAUAAUGUCAGCUUUUCAGACUUGGAAUGUUUGAGACAUCUUACUACUAUAGGGAUCACAGUGACAAAAUUAACAACCUUGAAGCAGCUCUAUGGAUUCAACCAUUUAUUGAAAUGUAUACAUUAUUUAUAUAUCAAGGAGUGUGAAGGGUUGUUUUAUUUGCAAUUAUCAUCAGCUCCAGGUGAUGGCAAGUCAUUAAGGAGGCUUAGCAUUAAUAAUUGUGGUGACUUGAAGUACUUGGUGAUUGGCCAAGGGGCUGGAAAGAACUGGCUGCCUAGCUUGGAGGUUCUUUCAUUGUAUGGCCUUCCCAACAUGACCAAAGUGUGGAGGAAUCCAGUGAGUCAAGGAUGCCUUCAAAAUCUUCGUUCCAUCAGCAUUUGGUAUUGCCACAAUUUGAAGAACAUUUCCUGGAUCUCAGAGUUGCCAAAGCUCGAAAUGAUUUACUUGUUUUACUGCCAUGAAAUGGAAGAAGUCAUCGGUACUGAGGAUGAAGUGGUAGAGGAAGGCUCAGUGGCAUUUCCAUACCUUCGAAUUACAUCUAUCCGAGACCUCCCUUUAUUGAGAAGUAUCUCUCAACGGGCAAUGGAUCUUCCUUCCUUGGUGAGAGUCGCUGUUAUUGAUUGUCCAAAGCUGAAGAAGCUACCACUGAAAGCUUCUAACAUCCCAACACUCUGGACAGUGUAUGGGGACAAGGAAUGGUGGGAUAACUUGGACUGGGAUGAAGAUGCUGCCAUGUCCCCUUCGCGUUUUCCCCACUUCAUAGAAACAUGAUGAAGGAGCAUGGAAUUGUAAAUCUAGGUGGGCAAGCUGAGCAUCAGAGUUAAGAAAGCCUCGAGUCUACCCGGGUCAGCCUUUUAAGGAGCUUCCAAGCGAAGUAAACUAGGCUCAGGUGGAGCCAUGCUAGUUAAACCCAUUUUUGCUUGUUCAAUGG